AAAAAUGAUUGUUCAUCGAAUACCGUUGAAAAUAUUAUCAACAGUAGUUUUGGUAAUGUUUUUAUUGGUAAAUCAACUACUAUGCCAAAAGUAUUUAAUGUACAAGAUACCAAAAAGUAUAGGUGAAGUUUGCCGCAAAGGUGAUGGGAUAUCUUCUGACUUCAUAUGUAUGGAUAUUAAGGACUGUCAAGUUGCAAAAGAAGGACUUAUGAAAAACAUUUUUCCUCAGCAUUGCUUAUUCGACAGAACAAAUCCAAAUCCAAUUGUUUGUUGUCCGCAAGAUCCUACAAAAAACAAAACAAACAAUAUUAUUAACUCAUAUUCUUCCACUGAAAUGUGUGAAGAAUAUUCAAAAUUAAUUUAUCGUAAUAUUAUGAACCCAAUACCAUCAGAUGAUCAGGAUUUAUACAUACAAUUUGCAGAUUGUGUUGAUGCCCAUAUCUUAAUUACUAAUGGUGCACAAUCUAAACCAAUGGAGUUUCCUCACAUGGCUUUACUAGGUUAUGAUGAAAAACCAGACAUGUAUUCAUGGUUAUGUGGAGGUUCACUGAUAAGUAAGAGAUUUGUACUAACAGCAGCCCACUGUGAAAAAUCAGGCACUAAAGAUACACAGAGAUUUGCAAUAUGGGCUCGCUUAGGUGAACUAGACUAUCUUUCGAUCAACGAAGAUGCCAGACCUACAGACUAUAGAAUAGUAGAACGAAUAAUACAUCCGAAAUACAAAGCAUAUUCCCAUUACAAUGAUAUAGCAUUGUUUCGUUUAGAAAGAGAUGUAGAUUUCUCAUCAUAUGUACGACCUAUUUGUCUCAAUAGAAAUCAUUCUUUGACACCACCAGCAGUAAUAGCUACGGGAUGGGGUAACACUGAUACAGCUUCACUUGGCAGCUCACAUUUAUUAAAAGUACAAAUACAAACUGUUUCGGCCGAAGAGUGCAAUAAAAAUUUUUUGUAUCUGCCAAAUAAAGAACAAAAAUUAGCAAAAGGAAUCCUUAAAGACUUAAUGGUGUGUGCUGGCAAUCCAGAAGGCGGAAAUGACACUUGUCAAGGCGAUUCAGGUGGUCCUAUUCAAAUAAAACAUAAUAGUUACAAGUGCAUGUAUUCACAAAUAGGGAUUACAUCAUUUGCAGGGCCAUUUUGUGGACAAGCCAAUUCGCCUGCUGUUUAUACACGAGUAUCAAAAUAUAUUUCAUGGAUUGAACAAAUUGUCUGGCCAAAAAUCGACGACAUUUCGGUCAUGUCAGGACCGACGCUUAAAAGACUGUCAACCCCGUACUUAUACGUAUUGUGGUUUGCUACAUUGCUUUUUCAAGUAACUGUAAUAACCGUUUCUGGUCAAGAGGAAACAAUCGCAUCAAACAUUGAUUUAACAAUAAUGGAAUUGUUCCCACCGCCAUGUAAAUGCGUACCGUAUUAUUUAUGUCGGAAUAAUACGAUUGAUACAGCUGGGACAUUUGUAUUAGACCUAAGGUUUCAAAAUGUUUCAUGUGAUAACGAAUUUGAAAAAUGUUGCUACGAUCCUGUUCCACCGACAAAAGUUGAUAUACCUGUAAAGCGUACGAUUUGUGGCCAUCGAAACUCUGACAAUACUGGCAUAUUAAACGCACGAAUAAAUGGAUAUGAUACGAAAUUCGGCGAGUUCCCCUGGAUGAUGGCAAUUCUCAAAAUAGAUUCAUAUACCCAGUCAAAAACUUAUAUAAGCGGUGGUUCAUUGAUACACCCACGAGUCGUGUUGACUGCAAUCCAUUCCUUACGAGAGAAUAACCCAAGCGAUCUAUUGAUUCGAGCCGGUGAACAGGAUUCAGCAACGCAAAACGAACCAUUACCGUACCAAGAAAGCAAAGUUUUGAAAAUAAUCAAACACGAAAAAUUCUGCUAUGACGGACUUUUAAACGACGUGGCACUGAUCAUUCUUACUCAUCCGUUCAACUUUACAGAAAAUGUGGGCACUAUUUGUCUACCCAGCCAGAAUUACGUGUUCUCUGACGAAACAUGCUACGCCAGUGGUUGGGGCAAAGAUAAAUUCGGUAAAAUUGGCAAAUAUCAAACCAAUUUAAAAAAAAUUGAUUUGCCAAUCGUGCCACGUGGUCGAUGCUUGAAACUAUUAAGAAAAACCAGUUUGACCGAGUAUUUCAUACUGCACGAGAGUUUUAUAUGUGCCGGUGGGAUAAAAGACAAAGAUACUUGCGAAGGUGAUGGCGGAAGUCCUCUAAUAUGUCCACUUAAGAACAAUCCUAAACAAUAUCAUCAGGCCGGUAUCGUGGCAUGGGGACUCGGAUGCAACAAUGAGAUACCUGCCGUAUAUGUAAACGUGGCAAAGUUUAGAGAAUGGAUCGAUGAAAAGAUGGCUCAAGAAAAUUUCGAUACGAGCUUCUAUGAUCCGAAUUAUAUUCCCAACACGUCUGCUGGUGACUUCGAAUAGAGCUUGUAUAAUGCGAAUGCCAAUCCACGGGGUUUAUAAUUACAGUGUGCGCGGUAAAACAGAUUCAGAUUUGUAAACGUUAUUUAAAUUCAAUUGAUGAACGAACAAAUAAAAUACAAUAAGACAAUUUACUUUGAUUUAUAAAAUGUAUAAAAUGUAUAUAGUAUGUAUAGGUACCAAACGAAACAUACAGUAAAUCAGAACAAUAUAUGAAGUUGUUUAAAACAUAAACGAGUGCAAAACGAAAUAGUUUAAUUUUUUUUAAUUUUUUUAUAUCACUAUUGGUUAAUAUUUUCACAAUAAUAUAAAUAUAAAUUUAACGUCACACCCAAACCGCACAUUUCUCUAGUUCACAAAACAAUCAACAAUAGUAAUAUCAUUUUUUUUUCUUACAUUCAAAUUAAACAAAAUUAACUUUUAUUACUGUAAACAAUUAAAAAUAACAUUCAAAUUCAACAUUGUACUAAUUUACAUAAAU